UGAAUGUAACAACAGCAGAUAGACUCCGAGAGGCACAACACAGAGAACCUUUGGAAUUGGACAAAAGAUAAGCAGGGGGAAAAACGACCAUCGAGUCCAGUGGGUCAACGGGUCUGCGGGACGAGUGUCUGCGCGGUGUCCCAAUGUUCUCAGGCAAAAUGUUUCCAUUCUCUAAUUCUACAAACAGCUGUUUAUUUGUUAACGACAAGAGCUAAGAUGUUGUACCACACAGUCAGUGAACCACCGUAACUUGAUGGCACAACAAUAACAGCUUCGUUAGAAUUGCAGCCCGCCAAAUGUAACAGUGCAUUAGUACAGUAGUGCCUUCAGAGUAUUAUAAUGAAUUGUCUAGAUACAUGUUAAAUACUGUGGAGCUCAGUACAAUCACAAAUGAGUUAUGUGAAAGUACAACUUUAUAAUGAGUAUAAUUAACAAAGUCUCCCGCCAGAAGAACGAACAUUUGACCUACUGGCGCGUUUGUCACGUGAUUAUUCUGUGAGCUGAUUGGUUCGUUCAGUGACCCUGAUCAAGCGUUUACAGAAACCGCCGCGGCGGGACAUUCGUAAUCUUUUCAGCCUCUCGAAAGAGUGCAGAGUUAUUUUUCAUAAUUAUUAGAAAUAUUGUGAAACAGAAGGUUAACGUAAUGGAGUGUUUGAAUGUUCCAAGAAUCCUGCCAAAUUCCCCACGGAAAGCAAUAGGACAGAUCCAGGUCAUCUUUGGCCCAAUGUUCUCAGGCAAAAGCACUGAGUUGAUAAGGCGAGUGCGUCGUUUCCAGAUCGCCCAGUACAACUGUUUGGUGGUCAAAUAUGCCAAAGAUACACGCUACUCUGAGAAGGGCAUGGCCACGCACGACAAAAACACAAUGGAAGCUGUACCAGCCAACUGCCUGAGCGACGUGCGUUCUCUAGCUCUGCAGGCGUGCGUCAUCGGAAUCGACGAAGGGCAGUUUUUCCCAGACAUAGUGCAGUUCUGUGAGGAGAUGGCCAACAUGGGGAAGACUAUAAUCGUAGCGGCCCUGGACGGAACCUUCCAGAGAAAGCCCUUUGGAGACAUCCUGAACCUGGUUCCCCUGGCUGAGAGCGUUGUGAAGCUGAACGCUGUCUGUAUGCAGUGUUACAAGGAGGCAGCAUACACCAAGAGACUGGGGGCAGAGAAAGAGUUGGAGGUGAUUGGUGGAGCCGAUAUGUACCAUGCGCGGUGCAGGAAGUGUUACGGUGGCCUGAUGGAUGUGUUGAAGGAGAAUAGCGCCCCCCACAGGGACGAGACGCCACCGCAUGUGAUGACAGGGAAACUGCUUGACAACACUACAUCGCCACGGAAACUCUUCGCCACCCUGCAACUCUGAUCAUUACCAUUAGACUAUUCUUAAAGGGAUAGUUCACUCACAUGACUUUAAAGGGGAAGUUGACUUGGAUUGGAACUGAAUGAGAUGGUGAACAAUCCCUUUUAAUUUUAGGUUUGGUAAUUGGACUGGGGAUGAGUUAAAAGGAUAGUUGACUUCAUUUUCUAAUUGGAGUAAUGAACUAUCCCUUUUAAGUUUUGCACUUUGAAUGAGCUUGGACAAUAAAUGAAGCUCCGUCAACCCACUGAUCUGUGUGGUAUCUGUGUAGUAACUGUCAUUUUAUAGGGCUUCAUAUACUUAGUACAUAUCAUAUUUUGUUAGACUUGGAUAUACCUGCUAAAACAUACAUACUGCCAUGCAAUGAGUCUAGUGUACACAACUUAGUAUUCAACUGUUACUUUUUGUAGUUCUGGUCUGAUUUGCCUCCUAUUUUUUUUAUGUUCAUUUAUGGUUUGUGUUCAGUCAUUUUCCGGAUUUUACAAAAUGUUAAGUCGAACCCAUAACUCGGUGUGCAAGGCCUUUUUUUUGUGCCAAUCACCCCAAAAAAACAUAAGGUGGAGGGGCUCGGUUGUGCCACUACAUCAUGCCAAUUGCACGCUCCCUCAACAUGAGACAUCUGGCAUUGUGUUGUGACAAUUGUGCCUUUUAUUGUCCCCAGCACAAGGUGCACCUGUGUAAUAAUGCUGUUUAAUCAGCUUCUUGAUAUGCCACAUCUGUCAGGUGGAUGGAUUAUCUUGGCAAUGGAGAAAUGCUCACUAACAGGGAUGUUGACACAUUUGAGAAGCUUUUUGUGCGUAUAGGGAACAUUCUGUGUUUCUUCAGCUCAUGAAACAUGCACCCAACACUUAACAUUAUAGUUGCCAAUCACCCUAGUGAACUGAGUGAAAGAAAUGGCAUUGGAUUGCAAUCCAAUGUACUAGCCUGACUGAAAUAACCUGUUUAGUUCUUGGCAGUUGGCACGUUGUUGUACAGUACAACUAGCUGCCAAUUAAGAUUAUUUUUAUGGUAACGCAAAUCUCCAAAGCACAUGUUACCAGUACUGUAGCAUGGUUACAAUAGACAGUCACUUCAAUCUGGACUUGUAAACAUGUCUUUUUUU